AUGGCACCGCCUUUGGGUAUCGCUCUAAUAGGCGGAGGCAUUUUUAUGAAUGAGCAGCAUUUGCCCGCCGCGCUUGCGUGUUCACUCAUAUCUGUGAAGGCUGUUUGGUCUCGUUCGUUGAAAUCAGCUGAAGGAACCGCUAAGAGCCUCGCCGAUGCUGGUGCCUCCGUCGAGGUCUAUUCCUCCGAGUCUGGUUCGGGUAAAUCGUACGAUGACCUUUUAAAGCGCGAAGACAUUGUCGGAGUAAUUGUGGCGCUCCCCAUCAUGGACCAACCGAGUUUCAUUGAGAAAGCCCUCGCUGCUGGUAAACAUGUCUUGGCUGAAAAGCCUAUUGCUAAGGAUCUUGACACGGCUAUUAAGCUCGUGGAGUACUAUAAAAAGGUUUCGAAGGAGACUAAAGCUACCCUAGCUAUUGCCGAGAACUUUCGCUUUAUGAAGGGCUGGGCCUACGCCGCAGAAGAAAUCAAGAAGCUAGGUCGUAUGACGGGCUUUUUUGUCAGACUGAACAUGAUGAUGCAGGCGGAUAACAAAUACUACAAGACUCCAGAGCUAACUAUUGCUACAUGGCGCACCGUUCCCGAAUACCAGGGUGGUUUCCUUCUUGAUGGAGGCGUCCACUACACCGCUGGGCUCAGAAAACUGCUAGGCGAAGAAAACGCUGUAGCUAGCGUGAUAGCACUGACAUCGCUGAUUUCAGAACACCUGCCGCCUAAGGACACCAUCAACGCUAUACUGCAAACCAAAACUGGAGUGUUGGGCUCGUUUAUCCAAAGCGUAGGGACAACAAUGCAAGCUAAUGAGUUCCACAUUGCUUGCGAGAAUGGCUAUGUUAAGGCUAGUCCUGACAAGGUUAUCACGGUUCGCGGUCUUGGGACAGAUGCUAAGGAGGAGGAGAAGACUUUUGAGAGGAGUUCUGGAGUCAAGGAAGAGGUCAAUGCUUGGGCAGAGGCGCUUGUUUCUGGAGUGUCUAAUCCAGAGCAGACGCCUGAGCUUGCCAUUGGAGAUCUGGAACUUGUGGAAAAGAUGUUGACAAGCGGAGACCAAGACGGGGCAAGGCAAAUGCUAGAGCACCAGUAG